AUGAAUAAAGGGAAACAAAAGAACGAGCCCCCUCCUCCUUACUACUCUGUUGCUGUGCACACCCAGCCACCCCACAUUGCCUAUGAGGAGGUGGUGUGUGGCGUGGGUCCAGGCCUGACACCCCCCACCCAUCCACACUACAUCCCCCGGUAUCCAUCACCUGUGGUUGUUCCCCAAGUCACACAUUCAAGCAUUUGUGAGUGUUUUCCACAGCUCCCAUAUUCCCCCAGCAGACAGAGGAGGAGAUGCUUUGAGAGUAAGGCCCAGUGUUAUGGAGGGUCAGGGGGAGUGAUACUGGUGAUCACUCUGCUGGCACUGGCCAUCUGGCUUGGAGUUCGCUAUAGCACCCGGUUGGCAACAGUAACGGUCGAUGACGACGAUGAUGACGAUGAUCACAGAUAUGAAAUUCUGUCUUUGCCAAAGUUUGACACCUGCCCCAACAAUACUGUCCAAUGUGAUGGGAUAAGAGACUGCCAACUGGGCACUGACGAAACAAAUUGUGUGAGGUUUGGUGAGGAUGGCGGUCUGCAAGUUAAGUCAUCUCAAGAUGGUCACUUCCUACCAGUGUGCUACAAGGGCUGGGACGACAGCUACGCCAACCAAACCUGUGCUCAGCUAGGAUUCAGAAAGUCCUAUGUCACCAAACCCAUUAAAUCCCAAGAGUCCACUGGUUUAACAUUGACUAGAAGAUCGUCUUUGCCUAUCCAGGGUCUGGUAAAAGUCAAUUCUUCCUGUACAGGCCAGGAGACUGUCUUCCUGCAGUGUACAGACUGCGGUCGUCAGCAGUCUUUAGCCCGGAUUGUUGGGGGCAGCACAGCAAAGACAGGUCAGUGGCCAUGGCAGUUGUCGCUCCACUUCAGAGGAUACCACGUCUGUGGAGGAGUUCUGAUCUCUCCUGAUUUUGUGCUGACUGCUGCCCACUGCUUCCCAAGAAGCAACUCCUUAAUUCUCUUGGUGGACAACUGGAAAGUGUAUGGUGGAGUGGUGUCUCUGGACAGACUACCUCAGCCCUACCUGGUUAAGAAUAUCCUACUGAACGAGAACUAUGACAGCAAAACUAAUGACCAAGACAUAGCUCUGCUCCAACUUACGUCACCAGUUCUUUUCAAUGAUAAAGUUCAGCCAGCUUGUCUGCCAGCUUUUGACCAGCAAUUUUCCCAAGGAGCCAAAUGCUGCACCACAGGUUUUGGCACCACUGAGGCAGGAUCAGGCACUGUCUCCAGAGAUCUGAUGGAAGUGACUGUGGACAUCAUUAGUACACAAGCGUGUAACAACCCCAGUGUGUAUGGAGGCGCCGUGAACAAGAACAUGCUCUGUGCUGGGGACCUGAAAGGGGGAAAAGACUCCUGUCAGGGUGACAGUGGUGGACCUCUGGUGUGUCAGGGAGAGAACCGUUGGUACCUGGCGGGGCUCACCAGCUGGGGUGCUGGCUGUGGUGAAAGAAACAAGCCUGGCGUUUACACCAAAGUCACCAGUGUGCUGCCCUGGAUAUACAGCAAAAUGCAGCAAAUGAGGCUGUGAUGUCCCUUUGUCUCCUGCCAGCGACCUACUUUCCCUUUUACCCAAUGAACUAUGAAGUCGUCUCAGAGAGAUGGAUGGAUUUACACGUAGAAGAAUGAAUUGAUGAGGAGAUACUGAUGGAAAGACAGUAUGAUGAGGUUGCACACUGGUUUUGGGGAGUAGUAGCAUGAAGAACUCAGGACUUCUGUCUUGGUGUUGGUGUUGCUCCAUAGAAAUUCAUCAUCUGUCAUGUGACUGUUAGGUGUAUAACCUGAACCAGAUUAUGAAUAUACAGUGAUCAAUGCACUGACUUCAGUCUUGCAUUCUUGAUUUUAUUUCUCUGUCUUUUUGUGUCUCAGUCACAAGUUAAACAUAAGUAGCUAUAUCUUUAUCUACAUGUUAAAGUAGCUUCAAUGAUGGUUGGCCCCUCUCAUAUCACAUGUUCUGGGCCAGUGAAACACAGUCCACUCCACUGUGGUCUCCUUAAUUGGUUUGCGAAUUAUAGGCCUUCUUUUUGAAAAUAAUGUUUGAUUGUAGAGGUGUGUUUUUUCUCAGGGACACAUCUCAGGUGUUUAUUUUUAUUACCAUAGUAAAAUUAAAAGGACACUUUUUCUAUUCACUUACUUUGUGAAGAAAGAAAGCAUUUUGAACCAUGACUCCAUUACUGAGCUGGCACUUUGCAUAUCUGUUCACCUGAACCUCCCCUUAUACUCACACUGUGAAAUUUUCCAGAAACUGUACUUUGGAUGUCAAUGUGCGUGUUCUCUGUGUCAUGUUUAUGCACAUUGGGUAUUUUGUCUAACAUAAUUUUC